UGACAACAAAGAGUAUACACCAGCACCUGAGAGAAAGACAAAGAGGAGUUUCAGUACAAGACGUGUGACUAUCGAUAAUCUAGUAUUUCUGGCGUCAUAGACUGGAUUCUACAGAAUCAUGCUAAGGUUUGUAGGAGCGCUCUUGCUGCCUCUGCUAGUGCUGUGUGACGUCCGUUUUCCUUUUGACUGUGACGAAAUCCACUCACAUGGAGAGAAGCUCAGCCAAGUCUACACCAUCUUCCCCAAUGGCAUCGGUUUCCCUGUCAAUGUUUACUGUGACAUGGGCUGCCAAAACCACAAGGAAGAUGGAGAAGGAUGGACAGUGUUUCAAAGAAGACAGGAUGGUACAGUGAACUUCUACAGGCCCUGGCAGGAGUACAAGGAAGGCUUCGGGAAUCCAUCUGGGGAGUACUGGCUGGGCUUGGAGAACCUCCACAUACUCACCAGCAAGAAAAACUAUGAGCUGCGAGUGGACAUGGAGGACUCUCAUGGCAACAGAGCUGCUGCUCAAUACUCCAGCUUCUCUGUCGGCCCACCGGAGGAUGGAUACAGGCUGACUGUUGGCGGGUUCAACAAUGGGAGCGCCGGUGACUCACUUUCUGGGCACAAUGGGAUGAAGUUUACCACCUAUGACCGUGACCAUGACCAUUGGUAUGAUAAUUGUGCUAGGCAACAUCUAGGUGCUCAUUGGUACAACAGAUGUGUACAUUAUUCCAAUCCCAAUGGGGUUUAUGCCUGGAGUGGCACGAAGUACUAUGCCAUUGCGGUGACUUGGCGUACCUUUAAAAUUUCCCGCUACUCAAUGAGGUUCUUCAGCAUGAAGAUCAGGCCAGUGGCUUAGUUAGCCUUACAUCAGAAAUGGCAUGAUGAUUACUAAAGCCCCCCCUUCUCCA